ACUCUAUUCUAUAUGUCCCAAUAUAUGGGAGAGUUCUCUUCUACCACUCCCUCUCAAUAACUUUGUUUUCAGUGUUUUUAUUUCUUUUCAUUCUUCUUAUCAAGCACUUUUCAAUUCUUAGCUGUCUCCUAAGGUGGUAUUCUUCAACUUGCACCAUUUCUUUUUCAUCCAUCAAUCUUGCUUGUAUUAUUAUCUAAACAACUCCAUUGUCUCUUUGAAUUGCAAACAUGUUACUUAGAAGUUCUUCAGCACCAAUUCUAACUUCCUUGCUACCAUACUCUAUGGAGUCUUCCACCGAGCCGGCCGAACUGGUUGUCCAUCUCCCUAGGGCAACAUCGGUUUUUUGUCUAAGCCAACACUUGGUGGAGACAGAACUCCAUAGUAACACACCAAGUCCUAAGAAAAAAUGUUCUGUGCCACCAUCGCCGCGUAGUAAAGUUCUAAGAACUCAACAUAGUACAAAGAUCAAAGAAAUAGACGAAGCAAAAGAUCCGGAACAAAAGAUGUGCAUGGAAGCUAAAUCUUCGGUUCAAGGAUUGUUUUCAAGCUCCGGAUUAGAUAAUAAGGUAGUCCUUAAUCAUGAAGGGUGCGCCGGGGCCGGCGAGGGGAAGCAAGAGAGUCUUAAAUUGCAAACUUUAGUGAUGGAUGGUGGUAUGGGAAGUAAUGGUAGUGGAAGAGUAGGCUAUGGUGAUGGAGGAGGAUGGGAAUUCUUUGAAGGAAAUAAUAGUAAUAAUGGUGGGGAUAGAACUGAUGCUUAUUAUCAACAAAUGAUUGAAGCUAACCCCAAUGAUUCUCUUCUGUUGGGAAAUUAUGCUAAGUUUUUGAAAGAGGUUCGUGGAGAUUACCCUAGAGCAAAGGAGUUUUUUGAAAGAGCAAUUUUGGCUACUCCUGGUGAUGGUCAUAUUUUAUCACUCUAUGCAGAUUUAAUUUGGCAAACAGAGAAGAAUUCUGAUCGUGCUGAAGCAUAUUUUCAUCAAGCUAUUAAUACUUCUCCAGAAGAUUGUUAUGUCAUGGCUUCAUAUGCGAAGUUCCUCUGGGAGGCUGAAGACGAUGACGAUGACGAUGACGGCCGGAAUGAGUUGGACAACCAUACACAUUCACCGGAUCUCUUUCAAGGAACUAAACAUCACACUCAUUUAACUGCAGCCUCAUAACUAUUUUGGCUUAUUAAAAUUAAUAGAGGCGACUUUGUAUUGCAAAAUGUAAAUAGCUUAGACCUUAAUAAGAGAGAGUUGUUUAAUUAUUUUACAUUUGUGAGAUAGAUGUUAAUUAAAAUAAUAGCAAUUCAAAGUCAUGUAUAAUUCACUUGGUGUGUUCAGUUGAUUCGAAUAAUGUGAUUUAUUUGAAUUCAUAUAUUCCAACAA